AUGUUCGGCAGGCAACCAAUCCUCCCAACAACAGCAGAAUUGCAACUUCCAGCCACUAAAAUACACACAACAGAAGCAUGGCUCACAUACCUCAACCAUUAUCUGCCGAUACUACAUGGAAAAGUAUACAGCAAUAUACAAAAAGCACAGGAGAUACAAAAACGAUAUUACAAUCUUCUUUACACUUGGGUUGAGGCCAUAUCAAGAUAG